AUGAGAUGUAAUUUACAAAUAAUUUAUCAAUAUUCAAGGGUCUUAAAUAACCAUUUAUUGUAAGACUACUGUGAAAAAUUGUAUAUUUCCUUUCUAAAUUGCACUUUCCAUUAGAGUUAAACUCUUUCAGGAAUUAUUAAAGUAAUUUUCUACUAUAAAUGAAGUUACAAAACAUAGAUAAUAUAUAUCAUUGUUAAAGAUAAUCUUCAUAUUUAAAAAUCCUAAAUAGACAAAUAAAUUAAUGAUAAAGAACGCUGUUUAACAGUUUUAGAGAAUUAAUACCUAAUGAAUUUCAUUAAUUUAUUAUUAGAUUGA